GAGGCACUCUUGUACCAGAAUCUCCUGUCAGAUCCUUCAGUUCCAUAGUUAUUAACAUAAUGUCAGUGUUGGGUAUUUAAUUUGGGUUGGCAGCAUGUCGUUGUGUGUCUCUCCCUCUCUGUGUAUAGGUGAUGAGGAGGAGUGGGAUCAGCAGAGCGCCUGGCAGUCGCAGCUCAUGUCGGGGCUCGAAAAGGUGGAUGUCUGUGUGGAGCAGUUGCAGCAAGAACAGGAAAAGUGGACACAGGGAGGAAACUGGGCUACAACUCUGCAUGCUGUGGACAGAGAGCUGAGACAGAGCGAGCUGUGGGAGCAGUGCUGCUCCAGACAGACGGAGUUGGAGGCCGUUCUUGUCGCUCUGCACUUCACCAGACAACGCAGUCAGCUGCGUGCCGACACUGCUCAGGCGGUGCUGUGUGGUAACUUCUGGUACAAGGACUAUGGCCUGGUCCAGUGCAGCAGGAGGAGACAGACUAAGGUCAUGGGUUUGCUUCAGCAGAAGGCUCUGCCUCUGCUGGAGAGACUGAACCAGCUGCUGGAAGGAAAACAGUCGGCCAGCCUUUCCCCCAACACUUGCAAUCGACAUGUCUCAGGUUUAUCAGUAAAACCAGCAUAUGGGCUGGAAAUAGCCUCCAGAGUCUGGACUGCCUCUGUGCCUGUGGUGAAAGGAAUCUCCACUCAGUCUCUGAGGGAGCCUGUGAAUGGAGCUCAGUCCCAGGACAAUGGUCUGCAGGCCGGUUCGACACCAACACACAACUCACAAACACACACUGCCUGUUCUGGCAUCCAGUCCCAGGACAACCAGCCUGUGAAAGAGUCUGCUCAGCCCACACACAUCACUGUCCCCACAGUCCCAGAGGAGGAGUGGACCAGGCUGCUGGAGCUCUCUCCUCUGUUCCAGCUGCUGAAGGUGGUGGAGCUGCAGCUGAGGGGCUGGGCCUGCGGGAGAGGGCUUCUGAGAGGGGAGCUCAGUGACAGAGGCAACAGUUUUGUCGAUAUCCUUGACGCUCAGUGGGAAUGUGAGGGAGAGCUGAUCCCAGUGGACCCGUCUGUCCUCAACCCCCGAGAGUUCCUGGUCUACCAACACGGACUCUUCCUGAUGCAAACAUUACACAGUCUACAACUGACUCCAGCUAUUUCACUUCAGAUAACUGCCAGUCUGCCAAACAACAACUACUUUAACAACGCCUUCAGAAAUUCCUUCUUUUAUCAGGAAGCAGAGGAGCUGCUCUUUGUCCGUCGCCAGAGGCUCCAGUCAGUUGGAGGCUUCUCUCUGCUGCUGCUCCACUGUCUGGCCCAUGUCAGUGUUAAAGACAUGAGCUCUGACUCCAGUCCUGCCUUCCAGAGGCUUUUCUUCAAGGUUCUGCAGGCAUGCCUGGGGGAGCUGUUUAAUGCCAGACUGUGGGGAGUGUGCCCCUCAGGACAGGGGGCCAAUUUGUAUGCACGGUUUCGAGACCAAGAGGCCCCUGUAAGGGACUCACAUGCUACUCUGUCCAACUUUCAUGCUGCCUCCCUCUUACACAGGCUGCACAAACCAAGCCCAGGACUGCUGUCUGAAGAUUGUUUUUGUGGGCAGUGCUUUUGCAGGGAGAAAGUUGAAGAACUUCACAGGAAGCACGGAGAGAAAUCUCUACUCUUGCAUCUUGAGGGAAUUUUGCGAGAGAAGAGCUUGGAGGCCCAAGACAAAGAAGAGAAAGACCAGACUGAAUAAAAACACAACCCCACAAUCAAAACCUGGUGUUUUUCUAGAAGUGGGUAACAGAUGUCAAGCAGAUGUUACUGUAAG